AUGGAGAGCCUUUUAACAGCCGUCAAGACGGUAAAUAUCAGAACCCACGAUGAAAAGGAGAGCCUAUCAAAGGCUGUGCCACCGGACACCACGCAUUCCACACUUCGGGAACAACCUGUUAUAGAAGGAAAUAGUAUCGUUGAUACGCUGCAGGGGGCCCUCCGGACUCUCAGCUCCCAUCCCUCGGAUUCUCAGUUUCUCCAGGCCUUGAACUUCCUUGACCCUGCUCAUUCCACUCAGUCCGGGUACGACGUAACGGACUUGGAGACAUCUACUCUUCCCAUUUUGAAUAGCCUGGUUUCUGUUGCGAUUAAUGAUCGCUGGGCCAAUCUUGAAAAUGAACAUAGGUCGUCUCCCAAAUCCAGGAGGGACAAGACCCCGUUGGCAAUCGUGUUGAGAUGCUUGACAAGUGUUGGCGGAAUUGGGGCUUUGAUUGUAAACCUUCGGACAAACAUUGACCGAUUUGAAACCCAACAAAGUGGCGAGAGCCUAGGCAGACAGGUAGUCCUCCGUGAUACGCUGGCUGCUCUCUCAUACGUUUUGAAGACUCCGGAUUUUCUACUAAGGAUCUAUCAACGCAUCGCCAAAUUCUCAUCCAGCCCGAAAAAGAGGCUUGCUUGGUCACAAUUAAUUUCAUUUCUUGCCUCGGGGCGUGUAUUGUCCAUUGCAGCAGAAUCUCUUGGGUUGGUCAAAGAAGUGGAAGUACCAGAUUCAAUACGGUGGAUUGGAGAAGGUAAAAGCUACGCUUCUUGGCUUGGAAAAUGCAUCGUAUCCAUGGCCCUAAACCUGGAUGACAAUGAUAGCGAAGGAUGGGGCAGUCUUGCGAAAUUCAGUCAACGCGCUUUAAGCCUUGGGUAUCAGAGUGAGUGA